AUGAGCGAUUCAGAAGAUAUUGCAGUGGCAGCUGCUGCAAUUAUUAUAGGAGUUGUUAGUAGCCAACAAGUUCGUCACCGCCGCCCAAGGAGGUUUUGGGUAAGGCCCAGCCUCGUCCGAGGCAGAAAGAAGUACAGUACAGAUGAGUUUAUGAAAGAUUUAUUGCUUGAUGAGGUUGAUGAAUUGAACCUAGAAUACAGAUGUGACUUCGGCUUUCAAAACUUUUUUAGAAUGAAUAAUUCAGAUUUUGAAAAUAUAUUAAGUAUGAUUGCACCGAAAAUCAUUAAAAAAGAUACGUCAUUCAGAAAAGCUAUUCCAGUGAGCCAACGCCUUGCAGUUACUCUACGUUUUUUGGCAUCCGGAGAUUCUUACACUUCAUUGGGAUACCUCUUGAAGAUAUCAAAGCAAGCAAUAUCUUACAUUGUACCAGAAGUAUGUGAUGCUCUGAUAGUAGCGCUACAAAAUUAUGUCAAGGUACCGCGAAGUGCAGAGGAAUGGGAACGUGUAGCAAAAUUGUUCAAUGACAAGUGGAACUAUCCAAACUGUGUAGGUGCCAUUGAUGGUAAACACAUAAAUAUUCAAGCACCAGAACAUUCAGGAACGGAAUUUUUUAAUUACAAGGGCUUUUUUAGUAUUGUCUUGCUGGCAGUAGUGGAUGCAAAUUACAAUUUUAUUUACACGAACGUCGGUUGUCAAGGAAGAAUUUCCGAUGGUGGAGUUUUAAAUGGUACGUUUUUUAAGAAAUGUCUAGAUGACAACAAGAUGCACCUUCCCCCAUCACGUCCAUUACCACAAUUAAGCCUUCCGAUACCAUAUGUAUUUGUUGGAGACGAAGCUUUUCAACUAACCCCUACUGUUAUGAAGCCAUUUUCUGGAAUUCAUAACAAAAGAACAACAAAAAGAAUAUUCAACUACCGUUUAAGUAGAGCUCGAAGAGUUUCUGAAAAUGCAUUUGGUAUAAUGUCUUCUAGUUUUCGUAUAUUUAGAAGACCAAUUUUAUUGGAUCCAGGUGUAGCAACUAAAGUGACACUGGCUGCAAUUUAUUUGCAUAAUUAUCUAAGAAAUAGCGGAUCAAGAAAUGUUUACUGUUCGGUUGGGAUGUUGGAUUCUGAAUUUCCUAACAGUGGAGAAGUAGUACCAGGCAUAUGGAGGCGUGACCCAUCAACUAGCCAGAUAAAUAACUUGCCUACGGUUCCAAAGAGAAGUUGUAUUGAGGCUCAGACGGUUAGAGAGGAAUUUGCAAAAUAUUUUAUAUCUGCGCAAGGGGAAUUACAUUUUCAGUACGAUAAAUGA